UUGCCAACAUUUCAAACACUCUCACUUCUCUUCCCCCCUUUUCAGUCAAUCAAUUCCUCCUUUCAUCUCUUCUUCGAAGUUCGAACACCCUUUUGGUUAAACAUGGUUGGAAGGGAAAACAACUGUAAUCUCCCACCUGGGUUUCGAUUUCACCCCACCGAUGAAGAAUUGAUCAUGUUCUAUCUGCGAAACCAGUCGUUAUCUAAACCAUGUCCUGUUUCUAUAAUCCCUGAAGUUGAUAUCUACAAAUUUGACCCAUGGGAGUUGCCUGAGAAAACGGAAUUCGAAGAAAACGAAUGGUAUUUCUUCACACCUCGCGAUAGAAAAUACCCAAAUGGAGUUCGCCCAAAUCGAGCAGCUGUUUCAGGGUAUUGGAAAGCUACAGGGACAGAUAAAGCGAUUUACAGUGGAUCAAAAUACGUUGGCGUGAAGAAAGCUUUGGUGUUCUACAAAGGUAGACCUCCAAAGGGGGUUAAAACCGAUUGGAUUAUGCAUGAGUAUCGAUUGAAAGAGUCUCGAUCACAACCCCCUAAGAAACUCGGAUCAAUGAGGCUUGAUGAUUGGGUUCUAUGUCGAAUUUACAAGAAGAAAACUGCUGCAAAACCUUUGGAACAAAGAGAAGAAGAUUCAAACGCCGAAAAUGUUGUUUCCGAUGAUCAUAAUCCCAUGGAUUUGCAAUCAAUGAAAAUUCCGAGGACGUUUUCACUUGCUCAUUUAUGGGAAUUGGAAUCAUUAGGAAUUGGAAUCAUGCCUCAAUCGUCAACUCCAAUCUUGGAAACGAGGGUAAGGGAAUCGCAUCCCAUCAAGUUUGAAGACACCCAUCAAAACAACUUAAACCAAUCAAGUUUUUUCAGUCCAAUGUUCGGAUUCCAAUGA